AAUGUCAUUAAUGUCUCUUUUUUUCGUGUUCCUUCGUGCCUUUCACAGCAUAGGAAUCUGUGCACGAUCUGUGGGCCCCGAAAAUCUUGUAGAAAUUGAAAAGUUAAUAUUACCUACCCUUGAACUCUAGAAGUGAAAACGGGAACAGCGAUAAAAAUGGAAGUGAGAAAAAUAAUUGAAAUUUUGAGGGCAACAAUAGACCCAAAUAGACGAGAACAAGCCGAAAACCAGUUGACUUUAAUCCAUAAGAUAAUCGGAUUCGCCCCGUCCCUGCUGCAAAUCAUCAUGAUGGCGGACUGCGAUAUGCCCGUGCGUCAAGCAGGAGCCAUUUACUUGAAAAACCUCAUAUCCAACAACUGGCACGAGCGCGAAGUGGAACCGGGGCAAUUGCCCGCUUUCGCUCUUCACGAACAGGACAGGGCUCUCAUCAGAGACAGCAUCGUGGACGCCGUCGUACACGCCCCCGAACUGAUCAGGACGCAGUUGUGCACGUGCGUCAACCAUAUGGUCAAACAUGAUUUUCCCGGCAAGUGGACGCAGAUCGUCGAUAAGAUAAGUGUUUAUCUAUCGAAUCCGGAUCCGAGUGGUUGGCAUGGAGCCUUUCUAUGUCUCUACCAGCUUGUUAAGAACUUUGAAUACAAGAAAGCGGAAGAUAGGGGCCCACUACAUGAGGCAAUGAAUUUGUUGUUGCCGCAGUUAUAUCAGCUCGAGGUACGCUUGCUAGCAGAUCAAUCAGAGCAAGCUGUCCUGUUACAAAAAGAAGGGCUCAAGAUUUACUUUGCUCUUACUCAAUAUGUUUUACCUUUGGACUUGAUCAGCAAGGAAGCUUUUGCUCAGUGGAUGGAAAUUUGUAGGCAGGUAAUAGAGCGUCCGGUACCACCAGCAGCUCUAGAACCCGACGAAGACGAAAGAUCGGACCUGCCAUGGUGGAAAUGCAAAAAGUGGGCAUUGCACAUCAUCUAUCGCAUGUUUGAAAGAUACGGCUCUCCCGGACACGUCACCAAAGAGUAUAACGAAUUCUCCGAAUGGUAUCUUCAUACGUUCAGCUCCGGUAUCCUCAACGUGCUCCUGAGAGUCCUGGACGGUUUUCGGGGAAACCAGUGGAUACCCCAGAGAGUGUUGCAGCAGACUCUGAACUACAUCAAUCAGGGAGUUUCUCAUGCCCACACAUGGAAAAUACUCAAACAGCACAUGCCCGUCAUCAUACAAGACGUUCUGUUUCCUCUGAUGAGCUACUCCGCAGAAGAUCACGAGUUGUGGACAGUGGAUCCUCAUGAAUAUAUACGUGUCAAGUUCGACGUGUUUGAAGACUUCGUAUCGCCUGUCACAGCCGCACAAACCUUGUUGCACUCUUCAUGCAAAAAACGCAAGGAAAUGCUACAGAAAACCAUGGUGCUUCUUAAUCAAAUCCUCACCAACCCCGCCACCGAGGCUCCUCAAAAAGACGGAGCCCUGCACAUGAUCGGAACUUUGGCUGAUGUUCUCCUCAAAAAGAAAAUGUACCGCGAUCAAUUGGACCAUCUGUUCGUUAAAUUUGUUUUCCCCGAAUUCAACAGUGACAAGGGUCAUAUGCGAGCGAGGGCAUGCUGGGUCAUGCAUUUCUUUGCCGAGUUCAAUUAUAAGCACGACGAGAUUCUGUUUCAAGCUAUAUCGUUAACAGUGCAUGCUCUGCUAUAUGACAAAGAUUUACCGGUGAAAGUUGAAGCUGCAAUAGCAUUGCAAUCCUUGCUCAACUUCCAGGAAAAGGCACAUAAAGUCAUCGAGCCGAAAGUGAAAGAGAUUGCUCUAGAGUUACUGACUAUAAUCAGGGAAACAGAAAAUGAAGAUGCAACAGGUGUCAUGCAAAAACUCGUUUGCGUCUACACCGAGCAGUUGAUCCCUAUCGCGGUGGAGAUUUGUCAACAUCUGGCUACCACUUUCAACCAAGUCCUGGAUACGGACGAGGGAUCUGACGAGAAGGCUAUCACGGCCAUGGGUUUGUUGAAUACCAUAGAAACCCUUUUGACUGUCAUGGACGAACGUCCAGAAGUUAUAAAGAUGCUCGAACCGACAAUUCUCCCGGUUAUUGCACACGUGUUGCAGAACGAGGUACACGAGUUCUACGAGGAAGUUAUGGCUUUGAUUUACGAUUUGACCAGCAAACAGAUCUCGUACGAAAUGUGGAAGGUGUUCGAGUUGCUCUACCAGGUAUUUGUGAAAAACGCCUACGACCACUUCACAGACAUGAUGCCUUCCCUACACAACUAUGUGUGUGUCGACACGGAUGCUUUCCUUUCUGACGAAAAUAGGCUGAUGGCCAUCUACAACAUGUGCAAACUGAUCUUCAGUAAGGAUUGUGGAGAGGAUCCCGAAUCUCAUGCCGCCAAACUAUUGGAAGUAGUGCUUCUACAGUGCCGCAAGAGAAUCGACCAGGCUGCUCCGAUGCUGGUGGAACUCGCCGCCACUAGGCUGCUCGGGGAGGUCAAAACUAGCGAGUUGAGGACAAUGUGCCUGCAAGUGUUGAUAGCCGCUUUGUACUACGAUCCUCAGCUGUUGUUUUCUGUGUUGCAGAAGAUGCCAAACUUCACCAACCACUUCAUCAAGCAGUGGCUGCAUGAUACAGACUGUUUCUUGGGGAUUCACGAUAGGAAAUUAUGCGUCUUGGGUUUGUGUACGUUGAUAUCGAUGCCAACAAAACCUUCGGCACUACUAGAAGUGGCACCAAAGGUUGUACCAUCACUGAUACUAUUGUUCGACGGACUAAAGAGGGCGUAUGCUGCCAAAGCUUUGGAAGCUGCAGAAGAGGAAGAAAGUGACACGUCUGAGGGGGAGAUUGAAGAUCCAUUGAGUUCGGACGAAGACGAAAUCGACGACCAGGGUCAAGAAUAUCUCGAAAACUUAUCGAAGAGAGUUACGAGCGGGGCAGCCGCACAUGGACUCAACAUGAGCACAACCAUAAAUGACAUCGAGGAUAAUUCAGACGAUGACGAUACCGAUUUCGAACCGAAUGAGGAGACUAUCUUGGAGUCAUAUACCACGCCUCUAGACGAAGAAGACUGCGCCGUGGACGAAUAUCAGGCCUUCAAACAAGUCAUGACAGCCCUUCAAAACCAAGAUCCCGAUUGGUAUAAUGCUUUGACGAGUCAUCUUACUGAAGCACAACGAAAAACUUUGAACGAAGUUUGUAUAUUAGCGGAACAAAGGGCUGCAGCUAGAGAAAGUAAAAGAAUAGAACAACAAGGGGGCUAUAUAUUCACACAACAGGCUGUGCCGGCAUCCUUCAAAUUCGGCGAUGGAAACUCAUGAAUGAUUCAUCGUUUUCACUUGUAAUUUUUAUGUGACUGAAUGUAAAAUUGACUGCUGACCAGUGAAGUGAUUGUACAGUUUGAAUAAAAACAUCUUUUUCAUUUUUUAAUUAAGUGCCUUUUUAUUAGAUUAUAUUGUGAACAGGUUACAUUAAAUACUGGUUGUUUGCUCCGCUGCUUUGGUUUUUUGUAAAUAGUUUUAUUUAAUUAUUAAAUUAAAUAUGUUAUUUAUGGUUCUUUUAUGAUUAAGCUUUAUUCGAGAUAGGGGUGUUCCAAACAGUACUUGAGACCUGUGUACCCGUCAUAGGUCUUGUAAGUUCGUAUGAGUUUAGUUCGAUGAGUGCCAAGUAUUAUGCCUAAGUCCUAAUGGUGACAUCCCUAGCACGAAAUUUUUUGUUCUUGGACUUAUGUUCUGGGAUGAAUUUCCAGUUUUCUAUUAACUUGAAAUAUUGUGUAGGCAAGCCUCUAAUUAUCAUUAUAUGUUCUGAUAACUCA